CGCCGAGACUGGCGGCGGCCUGCUCCAUCCGAAAAUGGCCGGGAAGCUCCGGUACAUGGAUUUCCUAGACGAGGAGCAGAGGAGAGCCAUAACCAUGAAGAGCUCCUCGAUAGCUCUGAAAUUCCGUGAUUGUUCAAUUAACCUAAUCGAUUCCCCAGGACGCAUGGACUUCUGCAGCGAGGUUUCCACCGCAGCUAGGUUGAGCGACGGCGCGUUGGUUUUGGUGGAUGCGGUGGAAGGUGUUCAUAUCCAGACUCAUGUUGUUCUCCGCCAAGCUUGGAUUGAGAAUCUAACUCCCUGCAUGGUGCUUAAUAAGCUGGAUAGGUUGAUUAGUGAGCUAGAGUUUGGUGAAGUGGGAGAUGAGAAUCUCGAGUUUGUGGAAGAUGAUGAGGAGGAUACGUUCCAGCCUCAGAAGGGCAAUGUGGCUUUCGUUUGUGCUUUAGAUGGAUGGAGAUUUCGUAGCCUGUGCACUUAAAGCAAAGAGUUGGAACGUCAUGUCCUCAGUUGAGGUCAAUCCUAAUUUACUAAUAAGGUGAGUGUAAAGGG